CCGUGCAAAGCAAAGUAUCUUCUUCAGCUGAAGAGGUUGAUGGCAGUAAUUACGAUGUCUAUCCGGAUAUCACAUAUGAAUGGUGGAACCCAAAUAUGGAUAUUAACGCAAAAACCUACCUGGAUGCAUGGAAUGUAUUAGAAUAAAUUACCGCUGAUUUGCUCUCGAAAGAUCAACAGGCCACUUCACUGAUGAGGUCCGAGACACCCAUAAGAGAGGAGGACUGAGCAGGCCCCUCGCCAGCACGGCUCUCCUCUGGAGAAGCCCAGGUGCAACAGCAGCAGGGGCAGCUUUUCCCCAUCCAACUCCCUAGGACCCAAAAGUCCUAAACUCCACAUUUCCUGUCUUAGUGGGUCCCCGCGAGCGUUCAAAACUGUUUCUCCAACGCUUCUACCAAAAACUCAGACUGUUUUCCAGAGCAGAAGCAGCGGUUGGGCCCAGCUGCUCCUCCUCCCAGGGGGAAGCCAUGGGGAGCGUGCGAAGCCACCGCUACAGCAUUGUCUCCUCCGAGGAAGACGGCAUGAAGCUAGCCGCCAUCGCCGCCGUGCCCAACGGCUACGCCAACGGCACGGUGGCCAAGGUUCACGCGGCGCAGCAGCAGGCUGUGAGCCGCUUCGUCCAGAAGGACGGCCACUGCAACGUGCAGUUCAUCAACAUGAGCGAGAAGGGCCAGCGUUACCUUGCCGACCUGUUCACCACCUGUGUGGACAUCCGCUGGCGCUGGAUGUUGAUCAUCUUCUGCCUGUCCUUCCUCCUCUCCUGGCUCUUCUUCGGCUUCGUCUUCUGGCUGGUAGCGCUCUCCUACGGCGACCUGGAGAACGAGACGCAGAUGUGCGUGUCUAACGUCAACAGCUUCACCGCCGCCUUCCUCUUCUCCGUGGAGACACAGACCACCAUUGGCUACGGCUACCGCUACGUCACCGAGGAGUGUCCCGUGGCCGUCUUCAUGGUGGUCUUCCAGAGCAUCUUCGGCUGCAUCAUUGACGCCUUCAUCAUUGGCGCCGUCAUGGCUAAGAUGGCCAAGCCCAAGAAGAGGAACGAGACGCUAAUCUUCAGCCACUACGCUACGGUGGCCAUGCGGGACAGCAAGCUGUGCCUGAUGUGGCGCGUGGGGAACCUGCGCAAGAGCCACCUGGUGGAGGCCCACGUGCGCGCCCACCUCCUCAGGUCGCGAACCACGGCCGAAGGCGAGUAUAUCCCCCUGGACCAGAUGGACAUUGACGUGGGCUUCGACAGCGGCGUCGACCGCGUCUUCCUGGUGUCACCCAUCACUAUUGUCCAUGAGAUCGACGAGGACAGCCCCUUGUAUGAGAUGAGCAAACAGGAGCUGGAAACGUCCCAGUUUGAGAUGGUGGUGAUCCUGGAAGGUAUGGUGGAAGCCACGGCCAUGACCACCCAGUGCCGCAGCUCCUACGUGGCCAGCGAGGUUCUCUGGGGCCACCGCUUCGAGCCAGUCCUGUUCGAGGAGAAUAACUACUACAAGGUGGACUACUCGCGCUUCGAGAAAACCUACGAGGUGAGCAACACGCCCCAGUGUAGUGCCAGGGACCUGGCUGAGAAGAAGUCACUGGUCUCUUGCUCCAACUCCUUCUGUUACGAGAACGAGGUGGCCCUUGAAAAAGUGGAGAUGGAGGAGACGUUUGACGAGGAGAAAGAGGAGGAUGGGGAGGAGAAGGAGGAGGUAAAAAUGGAGGAUCAGGGUGCUAUUGAGAACGGCAUUGAGAACGCAACACUGGAGGAGACAAACACAGACACAGUCUCUGUACAUUCUGAACACAAUCAGGAUACCAGGAGUCUGACGAUGCCUUCAGAAGCAAGGCCUCUAAGACGAGAAUCAGAAAUAUGACUGCAGAGAUGUUAGGGGGGAAAUACUACAUGAAAUACUAUUAUGAUAGGUUUGACCUUUGCUCCUAACGGCUGUCUGUACUACUGCAGGAUGGCUUGACUGUGAGGUGAGUGUCAUUUUCUGAGGAAGACACUCAGGCACAAGCGAAUACAGAAUUAACAGACCAGAGAAAAUGAUGCAAUAUUAUUUAUUCUCUUUACACAAGUCCCUCAUCUGGUGGGAAGCGAUGGUAGAUUGACUGAGAGGAGUUGAUGGCUCUUCUGGCCCGUGGCACUAUAGGAAUGAGACGGGUUAGGUAGCAUUUUAUACAGUGUGUGUGUGUGUGUGUGUGUGUGUGUGUGUGUGUGUGUGUGUGUGUGUGCGUGUGCGUGCGUGCGUGCGUGCGUGCGUGCGUGCGUGCGUGCGUGAGCCUUUGAAAGUUGCAAGAGAACAUUGGAAAGUUGUCACAUUGAGACACUCCACACGAAAAAAUGAUAUAUACCUAUACUUUAGAAGUAUUACUAUAUUUAUAUACUAUAGUAUUUACUGUAGUGUUUUUGUGGAUCUGUCUGUAGUAUA